GUGCCUGUAGGGGUAGGAGACAGGUUGCACGAAAGGUUGCGGUGUAACGUUAACAGCUAGCUAGUUAGCUGGCUAGCUGGCGUUAUACUAGCUAGACGUGUUCUUGUUGAAGCAAUGGUGUGGGAACAGUAAACUAAAACUAGGUGCUAUCACAAAGGCAAAAAAGGAAAAUGGACUAUCGAGGGAAGAGGAGGGGGGAGGAUGGAAUUGCAGCUGUUAUUGACUUCCUUCUUGCAAAUGCCCGAUUGGUGCUUGGCGUAGGGGGGGCAGCAGUGCUAGGAAUUGCCACACUUGCUGUAAAACGGCUAAUCGAGCGUGCUGGGAGAACCCCGGAUGAUGAGAAACCAGACCAAAAGACGGUAGAUGGUUGGGAGGAGCUGAGCCUGGUCAGUGCCUCUCCAAAGCUACUGAAGAAGGGCAUUGAAGGGGUGGUUAUGAAGCAGAUUGCUGCUGCAGCCAAAGCGCAGAAAGAGCAGUCCAAGCCCUCAAGUAAUGUGGCUGAGAAGCCAAAGACUGAAGUGAAGAGGAUUCAGCUGUGUCUCAGCCUUCAGGAGAGGCUGCAGCAGUACUAUCAGUCUCACGUGGCUCUCUCUGUGGAGGACGUCAGCCAGGCUCAACAACAAGCUCUGGAUAUAUGCACAGAAAUCCAAGGCUUCCUCCAUACCAAGCACCCUGACAUGCCCCUGGGGGAGAUGCAUCUGGGCGGCUCUCUGCUGGAUGAUCUCCAGGUUGUGGCUGCGGACCACGCCUGUCUUCUUGUGCCUUUGCAAAUUGAGUCAAUGCUCUGGAAACUCAUCCCAGGGGAAGAUACGAUCCUGGGCAAGCCCCAGUUCUGGAUGGUCCGACGGAUAAACCUGGAGUACUUCCCCCGUGGCCGAAGUUUCUGGGACAAAUACAUGGUCGGGGGUUACCUUUCUUCUAAGAUGAUAAUUGAGGUCCUGAACAAGUCAGUGAUGGAGACCAUGAACUGGCCCUCUCUUAGCAACACACUUGAGUGUACGGUCAGACCGGUGAUGGGGUCCCAGGAACUGAAACUAGAGAUUCAGAAUCAACACAGCCAGCUGUACAUCAACAUCUUGCCCACCAUUCGUCUGGAUGACACUGUACUGACGGCCCAGCUGGAGGUCACUGGCAGUUUUGACAACAUGUGGUUCCACAGUCUUUAUACCUCUGAAACUGCCAGGCUUUCAGAGUUGGAUGCAGAGGACCAUGGUCUUCGAAAGCAGUGCUUAAAAACCCUCAAAGCAGUGUGCAGAAACAGUCCCACUUUGAGGAAGCUGUCAGGUGGACAUCUGACAAAUGUCAUUCUACAUCUCAGUGAGAAAGAAUAUGAUUGGACUGAGGCUGCUUUGGCUGAUAGAUUCCAGCAGGCCAUCACAGAGAUCAUUGGUUACCUGGAAAUAGGUUGUUUACCAAGCUAUUUCAAGCAGACAGUAAAUUUGCUGUCUGAUUUUUCUGAAGAAGAAAUAGAUGAAAUGGGUUUUAUGCUGUACUGUGCUGUAUCUGAGCCAGAAAUACUGCUCCAACCAUAAAUAUUACCUCGCUCUGUAACUGGACUACUUCGUUCAAAACCAGCAGUUAUGCUAUUAGCAGUAAGACCUGGAGAUCUAACUUGGAAAGAAUGGCACUCCAAUGGAUAUCUUAUUUUUUCUUGGUAGUGUGAGGAAUUAUUUGAAGUGUGUUCAUAUAAAUAAAAAAACUAUGCAGAACUACUGAUUUAUAAACCCUCAUAAUACACCCAUUUGCAAAAUUAUUCUUUUUUGUUUAUCUGAAAUGUAGGGUAUAGCUUGGGUUUCUAGACUGAGUUGCCUUUAACCUAUACAUAAGGUGUUUAUUUUUCUAAUGUAUGCAUUUUGUACUGUGCACUUAAUCUCAAUCAUUUUGAUUCCUCCUUUGGUUUGGGGGGGACUGGUUGAUUGCCAACUUACAGUAUACCUCUCAAAGAGCAGCCUGUAUAAUUGAAUUUAUAAA